UGGGGGGCUCCGAACGGGCCCGUCAUGGCUGCGGCUUGGGCGCAGCUCGUCAGCGCCAGUCAGGGUGUUAUCCAGGAGGGGUUUGGUCGAGCGAAGAAAACACGAUGAUGACACUGACCAAGAUGUCGCGGAAUCCUGCUCCGUAGCCAUUUUGGCUCAAGCGAUGCUGUCGCAAGCUUUGUGCGUUGUUGAGAAGAUCGUCGUUGAGCGGAUCGUACGCCAUCCACGACAUCGGCAGCCAGGCGAGAGGGUGGCUCCGCUGGGUAUCGGGCGCCGCCCAGUCGGGCGAGACGACCCGGUCGUCGAGCGCUGACUGCUAGGUUGGCAUGGCAGUUUCGCUCGACGAGCUGCUGGCGAUUCCCUUGGGGAACGCGGUCAUUGUCACUGCCGUCGCCGCCCUGUUACUCGGCGCCAUCUGCUUCGUACGCAGUUGGCAGGUCUUCGACUCCAGGCACGCAAAUUAUCUGAUGACACUUGGGCUGGUCUCGGGCAGCCGGUUCCUGCCCAGCAUCGCGGCAGCUUAUGCGAUUGCAGCCCCAUAUUGUCGCACACAAACUUAGCCCCCUCGGGCGAGCUUCUGAUGGCGUGCUCUACAUCACAGAGUUGCCACGAGCGCGGGGUAUAUAUCGCUGUGCGGGUGCCACUUCUGGCACUGACAUUCUUGGCUGGACCGAUUCUCUGGUCGUGGCUACUCCACCGCCGUCAGGCAGAUGGGCGCAGCAAAUCGUUGCGCUUUCUAACAGCAUCUUACCGCGCAGAGACCGAUGCGUGGGAAGCCAUUCGGCUGGCAAAGAACAUGGUUCUCAAGUGCGCUGUGGCACUGUCGCCCAUAUCCUACUGUGCGGGGCAGCAGUUGAUCCUCGUCCUUGGCGUGAUGUUCUUCUGCACGGCGUCGCACUUGCAGCAUCAACCGUGUAGGUUCCAGGUGCUCAACCACGUCGAAGCCAUCACCCUCGGGGUGCUCAACAUCGGCAUGAUGGCCGCCAGCCUGGUGGUGAGCGGAUCGUGGUUCAUGAGUAAGGAUUUCGCCCAGCAGCUAACCGUUGCCUCGUACAGCUUGCUGGCGGUAAUUUUCCUUGGCCUCGCCUUCCUUGUUGUCUGGGCGAAGCUCGUGCUUCACGACGAUCACAAGCUGCUCAAGCCCUGACCCCUCCAGCGUGAGCAGAUCUGAGAGAAAGCCGGGCGGGGCCCAGAUGUCGCUAAAACGAGCAAGAAAAGGUGUCGCGGGACCCGGUCGACGCCGAUCUUGGCAUGAUCCAUGCUGGCCGUCGCCGAUUCGCGAGGAUUCGCGAACCGACGAUGCCCAAGAUGUGCGACGACCGAGAUCUGCACCGGCGCUUCUGCGUCAUGUCCUGGUCGUGGUCCUCGGCAGGCUCGCGCCGUCUGGGCGCGGACCGGGUGCCUGUGCUGUCGAGGGUCCAAGUUGCUGGCGGGGUCACCCUGAGCGAGACACCGAAAAGCAGCGAAGCCGCAGCACCAUACUUUUUGAUUCACUCUCGCGGAGGCACUCGCGCAUUUGAGUGUGCGCGCUCUUUGUUCGAGCAAGCGUGUUCGCUAUCUCCCCCGCGCGCGUGUGCGCGUGUUCCCUCGAUGCACGCGGCUGUACGGACGUGCGCGUGAGUCCUUGUUCCUGUGCAUGUACCGAUGCUGUUGAUGUCAGGACCAAGUCCGAGAGGGG